CAACAUUAUUGAGUGAUAUUUUUUAAGUUUCAUUUUCGAUUGUUUUUGUAAACAAACAACUCGCGACAGUUAAAAUUUGAAAGUCGUUUUAAAAAAUAUCAAAUUAAUUUUGUUAUUUUAAUUAUGUUAAGGCAGCAAUUUUAAUUUUUUUAUGAACUCCAACAAAGCAGGAUUAAAUUUCUGACCAAAAAAAUACAUUAUGAUGAUAUGUCAAUAAACAUGGGAUUAAGAAAUGGGAAUUUUAAUUCUGUUUUUAAAAAGUAGCUCUUAAAUUUGUCACUUUUAAGGAUAAGGAGAUAAUCAAGAAAAACAUAGCAUCAUUCACGUACAAUUUGUUUGUGACGAGGCUCAUUAAAAAGCGCUUCAGUCAGUGAUCAAGUUACGUGCGAGUUCAAUUAUUCUCAUAGAAAUUUUUUAGAAAUCUUAAUUCAUUUUUCUACGUAAAUCACAGAUUAACCGAAUAAGUUAUAUUAUAAUACAACAUACAGUAAAAUGAGCGAUAACAAUUCAACAGAUAAUGAAAAUCAGCCUCGUGGGAUUGGUGCGGUGAAAAUCCAUAUGAUGGAAAACAAAAUUGAGACUGCAUUAUGGGUUUCAAGAGUUCUAUCGAUAGUUUUUGCAAUUGGAUACCUUCUUCCAAUAUUUGGAAGCUCCCAAAGUGCAUUCUAUAAAGUGCUAAUUUCGAAUGCAGCAACAUCAGCGCUACGAUUGCACCAGCGAUUGCCUACAAUCCAAUUUACAAGAGAAUUUUUGGCACUUUUAUUACUUGAAGAUUCAUGCCACUACCUUUUCUUCUCACUCAUCUUCUUAUACGUUCAACCAUUCAUCGUAGUUCUAUUUCCCGUUGUUUUAUUUGCCGUGCUUCAUUCGGCUAGUUACUCAUUGAAAAUGCUUGAUUUACUCGGUCAGAAUAGUUGGUGGGGUGCUAGAUUAUUAAUUUCACUUGUUGAAUUCCAACAAAGAAACAUUUUGAGAUUGAUUGCCUUUUCCGAGAUUUUCCUAAUGCCAAUCGCAAUUGUCUCCACAUUUACUGGACGUGCUGGACUAAUGACACCGUUUAUUUACUACCACUUCUUGACCUUACGAUACACAUCACGUCGUAAUCCACAUACUCGCAACAUGUUCCAUGAAUUGAGAUUAGCUGUUGAGAAUAUUGCAAACAAUCCAAAAGCACCACCAAUUAUUGGAAAAAUUUUACACGGUGCUAUCCGUUUAGUUAAUCGCAUAGCACCACCAAUGCAGCCGCAACAACAUGCCCAGUAAGGAGCUUUAUAUAUAAAUAUAUAUUUUUUUUUUGAAAUUAUGGAAAAGUCAUUUUGACGGGUUUUCAGUCUUCAUUUUGGUAAGAUGGAUAUACUUUAAUUUAUAUCCGUAUAUUUCUUGUAACAUUGUAAUUUUUAUGAUUUAAUAAUUAUAUUUAUAAUAAUCGUAUUUCAUGGAAAUGGAAGUUCUUUUUAUUCUCCUUCAACGAAUUGGUUGUUUUUUGGUUCCCAAUGACAUUUUCUUGCAUAUCAAUUAACUUUGUGGGAUGUCGAUUUGUUGUUCCUGCUAACGGCAAUAAUAUUUUUGAAUGUGGCUUAACAAUAUUUAAAUAUUCGAAAAACGUUAAAAAUUCAAAUCACAAAAACCCGGUAAAUAUAACUUUAGUGACACAAGCUAUGGAGUUUUAUCUAUUAAUUAUCAUUGGCAAAAAUAAAAUCAAACAGAACUGACCACCCAUAAGCCCCACAGACAAACACAGAGAAAAAUAUUUGAGAAAAACAAAAUAACUUUUCAAUGAGAUCAGCCCACAAUUUUGUUUACUUCAUUUUAAAAGACAUUUUGCAAGAGAAUGUCACUAAGUUAUUCGCUAUUAUCGAGUGUUUGUUUAUCCCUUUUUGUACUGUUAAUUGUUUUACAACCAACCCUCCCCGCUCAUCCACAAGUGUUUCUCAUGAUAACUAAUUUUGCAAAUAAAAUUGAUUGAAAAAAAAAUAUGUCAAUAAAAAAUAAAUUAAAUGCCUUG